AAAACAUUUUAAAUCAGAAUUUCACAUUUGUUUACGAUCCACGUUGACAGAUCACGUGAUACGGUCAAAGCCAACUUCCUUUUUACUGCCACAUUGAAACUUUGAACAGCGAGGAAAUGAGUGCUCCUCAAGUUUUUCACAAAGGAAUUGUCAAACAGGUUCUGUCAGGGGAUGCUGUGGUCAUCCGAGGACAGCCCCGUGGAGGGCCACCACCAGAGAGAACAUUAUGUUUCUCUAAUAUAACAGCACCAAGACUUGCACGCAGGGCUAAUCCUAAUGUUGAAGGUUCAGCUGAGACAAAAGAUGAGCCUUGUGCAUGGCAAGCUAGAGAAUUUGUUAGAAAAUGUUUGAUAGGGAAAGAAGUCAUGUUUACAAUAGAAUACAAAACACCAUCUGCAACCAGAGAAUAUGGAUGUGUCUAUUUGGCAAAGGAUCCUUCUGGUGAAAACAAGGAGAAUAUUACUGAAUUACUAGUGGCAGAGGGUCUGGUUGAUCUGAGGAGAAGUGGACUCCGAGCUGAUGAUGAGAAUGCACAGAAGCUAUUUACUUUGGAAGAUGCAGCAAAGGCUUCUGGGAAAGGAAAAUGGAAUGAAGAUGUUCUCACACACCCUGAGAAAUAUAUAAGAGAUAUCAAGUGGACCAUUGAAAACCCAAGACAGUUUGUUGAUUCAUACCAUCAAAAACCUAUGGAUGCUGUGAUAGAACAUGUAAGAGAUGGCUGCACUGUUAGAGCAUUCCUGUUACCAGAUUUUCAUUAUGUUACCAUCAUGCUGUCAGGAAUUAAGGCACCAAUGUUUAAAACAGAUGAAGGUGGACAACAGGUAGCAGAACCAUUUGCCGAGGAGGCCAAGUAUUUUACUGAUAGUCGUCUUCUACAGAGAGAACUCAAGGUCAUCAUGGAGGGCGUGUCAAACCAGAACAUUCUUGGAACUAUAAUACAUCCUAAUGGUAACAUAGCAGAGUUGUUAUUAAGGGAAGGAUUUGCACGAUGUGUAGAUUGGAGUAUGGGAGUGGUAUCUCAGGGCUCAGAAAAUCUUAGAGCUGCAGAAAAGUUCGCUAAGGAGAAUAAGAAGAGGAUCUGGAAGGAUUACUCCCCUUCAUCUUCAGGACCAACCAUUGAUAUCAAAGAUAAAUCAUUCCAGGGGAAGGUUGUUGAAUGUGUUAAUGGUGAUGCAUUAGUAGUGAAGACAGCUGAUGGCAAAUUCAAGAAAUGUUUUCUAGCCAGUAUCAAACCACCAAGACCUACAGUAGAAGCAGAUGCAAGUAAACCAGCACCUAGAGUUACACGACCACUCUAUGAUAUUCCAUACAUGUUUGAAGCUAGAGAAUUCCUCAGGAAAAAACUAAUUGGGAAAAAAGUAAAUGUAGAAGUUGAUUAUAUCCAGCCUCCUAACCAAGGCUUCCCGGAGAAAACCUGCUGCACUGUUACCAUUGGAGGAAUCAAUGUGGCCGAGGCAUUGAUCAGUAAAGGUCUUGCUACAGUGAUCAGAUAUCGCCAGGACGAUGAUCAGAGGUCAUCCAAAUAUGACCUUCUCCUAGCAGCUGAAGAAAGAGCAAAGAAGAAGGGUGUUGGUCUUCAUUCUAAGAAGGAGGCACCUAUACAUAGAGUAGCUGAUGUUUCUGGGGAUAUAACCAAAGCAAAGCAGUUUUUACCUUUCCUCACAAAGGCUGACCGCCUAGACGCACUGUGUGAGUUUGUAGCUAGCGGCUCCAGACUGAGAGUUUUCCUCCCUAAAGAAACAUGUCUUAUAACUUUCCUUGUCUCAGGAAUUGAUUGUCCGAGAGGUUCACGCCCAGGACCAGCAGGCUCUACUAUACCAGCUGAACCAUUUGGUGAGGAAGCUACCAUGUACACCAAGGAAAUGUGUUUACAGAGAGAGGUUGAGAUCAAGGUAGAAACAACUGAUAAGGGAGGUAACUUUAUUGGCUGGCUGUUUGUAGAUGGUGUGAAUCUUUCCUUGUCUCUGGUAGAACAAGGUCUGGCCAAGGUUCACUUUACAGCUGAACGUAGCGUCUUCUACCCACAGAUGUUGAAGGCAGAGGAGGCAGCCAAGGCUCAAAAAUUAAAUAUCUGGUCUAAGUAUGAAGAACCAACAGUAGAGAAGCCUGAAGAUGAGCCCCAAGAGAGACAGGUCACAUAUAGAAAUGUUGUUGUAACUGAAGUAAAUGAUGACCUCAGAUUUUACGCACAGACUGUCGAAAAUGGUCCUCGUCUAGAGCAGUUGAUGGAGGAAUUACGUGUAGAAAUGGACUCAAACCCACCCCUACCAGGAGCUUACACACCAAAGAAAGGAGAUACAUGUGCAGCUAAAUACUCAGAAGAUAAACAAUGGUACAGAGCUAAAGUAGAAAAAGUGGAAGGAUCAAAGAUAACAGUUUUCUUCAUUGAUUAUGGAAAUCGUGAAGCUACAGAUUCCACACAACUGGCUCAGCUGCCGACACAGUUUGCUGUCAUGUCUCCACAGGCUACAGAAUACACUCUAGCAUUUGUUACACAACCAGCUGAUGAGGAUGCAAAGUUAGAUGCCCAGGAUGCCUUCUUUAACGAUGUAUUAAACCGUCAACUCAUGUUGAAUGUUGAACAUCGUAUAGGGGGUUGUGAGUGUGUCACCUUGUGUGACCCAGAAUCAAAGGAAGAUGUGGCAAAGAGUUUAGUUAGCGGAGGUCUCCUUCUUGUAGAACAGAGGAAAGAAAAGAGGUUUGCCAAAAUGAUCUCGGAGUAUACCAAGGCACAGGAUCUCGCCAAGGCUAACAGGUUGAACAUUUGGCGUUACGGUGACUUCAGAGAAGAUGAUGCUAAAGAAUUUGGCUACAAGCGCUAACGUAGACCCAUGCUUGACAACACAAGUGGAACGGGCAUUGAUGACCAUAUACACAUACAGCUGUACAUUAACUACACGUGUAAUCUAACAUUUACACCAGUUUUAACACGUGUUAUAUUAUGCUGGACUACAAGUGAAAUAUUACUUCCAGUCAACCACAUUAACACAUGUUACUGUUAGUUGGACUACACGUGUAACCUUACCAUUUACACCUUAAACACGUGUUGAAGUUUGUUGUUUGCGUAUGUGAGCAUUAAACAGCGCAGCUACACAAGUGGAAUCUAGGUUUUUAUAAUGUAUUCAAAUCAAACCAAUAAACAUUACACAAGUUCUUUAUAGCUUUAUCAUAAUUGUUUAAAGUGAAGGGUAUAUCUAGAAAACAAGUCUGACUUUUAUAUAUCUUAUUUAUUGCCAUUUAACAAAUUCCUAUUUAAUUUUGCCAUUGUUUUUUUUUUAAUUUAUAAUUGUUUUGAUUGCUGUUUUGCAUGUCCUAAAUUCUUCAUGGCAUUGACUUAGUAAUAUUUUUAUUACUUAUAAUUAAAGAUAUAUUACAUAUAUCACACAUAUAUAUAUAUAUAUAUAUAUUAAUUUUUGGACACCAGUUUUUCUAGAUAUACUUUUCUGUGGUUAUGGGUUCUUAAAUGCCCCCAUUAUGACUACAUAGGAAAUUGAUGUAUUUAUGUAAUGAACUGAAUUGUGUGUACAAUAAUUGAAACAGAACUGCGUUUUCUCAUCAUAUGUAACAUGUACAUGACAUGUAGUACUUGUAUUAUUACGCUUGACUAAAUAAGAAAAAAAACUUUUCUGUUAAGAAUCAUUAUUUUUCCAAAUAUUUUGGUGCUAUUGUGUUCAGUUGUAAACUAUAUUUUCAUUACAAAAUGUUUGUUAUAUUAAUUUUAUUCACAUUUUUUGUGUAACAUUAAAGGGAGAUAAUCACUCAUUUUUCAGACUUUUUAUAUUCAAUUUUAUGAUGUUUAUUCACUAUCACUUCUUUAAAGAUUUGCUUAUUGUCUACCAACAGAUAUUUUUAUUUUUUUACACACAUUGAAAUGCAUUGAUGCAAAGUUAUUUCAUGUUAUUUUUAUUACAGUUCUCUUUUUUUUCUUCUUACAGUUCUCGACUUCUUACAGUUCUCGAACAGAUAAACAUAUAUAAUUUACAUAGUCCUUUAGUUGCUAGCUUAAAAAGCAUGAGUCAUUCCAGUAUUAACACUUUCUUUACAGAUAUAUGUACAGUAACUUUGCUCAACAGUUAUAUGUAGGUUGUAAUGGACUUCUUUAAUGUAAAUUUAUGUUUAUACUAUUACCUUACUUUAAUUUCAUGUUAUACCUAUGAGUAAAGAUUAGCUUAUGUUAACUAUUCACUACUAUCUUGCAUUGAUUUACAAUUGUUCUGACUCUCAAAGAGUAUAUUGAAUAAUUUCAUACCGUGAUUGAUAAUGAAUAAAGUAAUGAAUUAUUAUCACAGAAUUUUAGGAACAUAUAUAAGCAGUAUUUAUAAUGUUCAAUAAUGAUUUAUUUAUAAACUGAGCUAUGUAUGAAUGUUUUCCUGUGUAGACAUAAUAUUGGCUUCAAUAAAGCGGCAUAAUCUGAAAAUAA